CCCGCCACCUGCACCCCUGUGCCGUUUGCGCACAAUGCUAAUUACCGUGCGCCUUAUAUAGCACAUCGCCGUGGCUGCUGCUAUGCUAGCAGACUCCACUUCUUCACGUUCUUUUUACCUUUCAGACGUCUUUCAGGGGCCUCCGUUCCCUUCACUCUCUUUUGGUGAAAUUAGCCUUAGGCAGCGACUUGCUAUUGUUUGCUUAGCGCGUUCCUAUUGAGCAGUGGCUUCUAUCUCACUUUCUUUACUAUUCUACGUAGAUAACCUUUAUCAGCCCUGCCCGCUCUUUCCGCUCCUUCUCACUUUCACUCACCUUCUUCAACAACAAACUUGAUCGUCAAUCCGGAGGAGCGCGAGGACUUCAAGGGUUUCUUGGGUGAUCAAGAGCCUUGGAUUGUCGACGACCGACUGCCCGAUUGCUACGACGACAACGACAGCCAUAAUGAAAGUGAAGGGGAAUUCAUUCUCUACGGAUGGCCAGGAUGUGGAAGCAGAGCUCGACGCCAUCAUUGAGCGGCGACUACAUCAAGAUCUUGGUCCGUUCAAUGGCUUCUUCAACCAUGACCGCUCAUUGGAUCCAUCCGACCAACUAGACAUUGACCUGAUGAUCCUGGAUUUUCUCGCGUUCAAAACGAUUGAGUCCGUUCUCAUAGCUGAGCAGGCCAGAAUCGGAGGUACGCGUAUCGAAGCCUGGGAUAUGCCUGAGGAUAAGAUCGAAAUGACUAAUCAUUGGAUCAUGUGGGUCGCGAAGACCCACGGCGCUGAUGCUGUCCCGACUGAGAUGGCUAGCCGGCUAAAGCUACUGGAGUUCGUGCUUCUCUUCACUCGAAGACUAGACCCUGAGGCGAAUCUCACGACUGCUGCUUCUUUGGAGAAGACGCGCAAAAAGAACAAGGGCCUGGCCGCUUUCAUGUCCAGCCGCGAUUCAUUCACAUCAGAACUCCUCCUACCCAUCUCGUUCGAUCCGCACACCGACUUUCCUCUUUCCAAUCACCAGCUUUAUGACAACCGCCUCCGUCUGGCUGCCGAACUUGGAGUGUCUGAUCCCGAAUUGUGGGCAAAGGAGUACUAUGGAACAUCGAUGUGCCCCUCCCUAUACGAUCUCAUGACCGACUUCUUCUGUAUGACGGCCGCUUGGGCUGGGGUUUACUGGACUGCGAAUAACGAAUGGCUAGAGCUAGCAGGCGAAUGGAUGCUGCAAGCUGCCCUAGAAGCAUACUUGAUCUACGGUGUGAGUGGCGAAGAUCUGUUCCGCGAUAUCUUCUCUGUCGGAUGUCCGCCUCUGGACGCUACGCGCGACGGGUUGGAGGACGAAGCGGUCCGAGAGGCAGUGGAUGCUAUGCAGACCCUGUUCUGUGAACCCGAAAAUCUACAACAGGAACUUGCUGACUGGACAGAGGUGAGAGAGAGUUACCUUUUGGCUCUCACUCCAGACGACUCCCCGUCCAUCAUUUCUGAGCAGACGAUGGAGAGCGCACGCUCCAAGUUUGGUAUCAAAGGAUUCCACGCGAACAUCUACGCCUUUCUGAUGGGCUUGCAUCUAGCAAUGCAUAAGCCAGAUAUGGUCCAAGUAGAGGAGGGACGGAUCGAAGGUGUCUCAGAAGAAGAAUCACGCCAAAUGUUGGAGAAUAUGGGAGUGUUGCGGCUCACUGACGAGGAAGCCGCAGAGAAAUCAAGGGCGGCCUUCGCGAGGGCUGGAAUCACGAGGGCGGCGGACGGGAUGGGGCUGAUGGGAAGCACCGAAGAUGAGCUGAUCGAAUAGAAAUCGGCUAACUAGGAGAUAUCAGCAUUAUGAUCUCUCAAUCGAUUGGUUACGGUUACCGGUUAUUGGGAUUUGAUCUUGG